AUAGGUUGACAGAGUACAUGCUCGCACCGAGGCUAUAAAGAAGUCAGGCUUGAAGAGGCGGAAAAAAAAAGAACAAGUAAACCUGGAUUUGCGGUCUCAUCGGCAUCCGGUGAGGGAUAUGAAGAAGACAGAUAAGAACAUGGAAAUGAACUGUAAGGGUUUGAAAGGACGACAGGGGAAAUUUGUUGUCCUCAUCUUUUAUCUCCAGAUGUUGUUCAGCCCCGUGGCCGAAGCAAUUCAUCCGGACUGCGCCAUCAUCUCCCAGCACCUGAGGGCUCGUGAGAUAUGUAGCCAGACGAGGAGGAGCGAGGCGCAAAACCAAACCGACCACAGCGGAUGUAAAACAGAAUGGGAUGAGAUCGGGUGCUGGCUGCGAGCUGAGGUUGGGCAGGUGGUCAAUUUGUCCUGCUCUGAAGUCUUCCAGCAUUUCUCCAGCAAUCAAGGGUAUGUUUACAGGAACUGUACUGCUGACGGUUGGUCGGAAAUGUAUCCACCCUAUGAGGAGGCCUGCGCGUUCAGCGAUGACAGCGAGCCUGAGUCCGAGACGAGUUACCUUUAUACCUUCAGACAGGUUUACACCGUAGGCUACGCCACGUCACUCAUCUCCCUCAUUACAGCCAUCGUGGUGUUCGCAGCCUUCAGGAAGUUCCGCUGCACCAGAAACUACAUCCACAUCAACCUGUUCGCCUCCUUCAUCCUGAGAGCCAGUGCCGUCUUCAUUAAAGACACCGUGCUGUUUGCUGAUGAGACCCUGGACCACUGCUCCAUGUCCACGAAAGCGUGCAAGUCAGCCGUGGCUUUCUUCCAGUUCAGCAUCCUGGCCAAUUACUUCUGGCUGCUGGUGGAGGGCAUGUAUCUGCAGACGCUGCUGGCUCUGACCUUCGUCUCACAGAGGAAAUACUUCUGGUGGUAUAUCCUGAUUGGAUGGGGGCUCCCAUCUACAGUUCUCAUACUGUGGGUUUUGACCAGAUUCUUCUAUGAUGACAGAGGUUGCUGGGAUGAUACAGACAAUGUUGGCAUCUGGUGGAUUAUUAAGGGACCAAUAACAGCCUCACUGCUGAUCAACAUAGUCAUCUUCGUCAACGUCAUCCGGAUUCUGGUUGAAAAGCUUAAAUCUUCUGCCAUGACAGGGAACAAUGACACUGGACACUUUAUGAGGCUGGCAAAAUCCACCCUGUUCCUGAUUCCUCUGUUUGGGAUGCACUACACUGUAUUUGCCUUCUUGCCUGAGAACACUGGAGUAGCAGCCAGACUCUACAUCGAGCUGGGACUGGGCUCCUUUCAGGGGUUUGUGGUGGCGCUUCUUUACUGUUUCAUGAAUGGAGAGGUCCAAACAGAGCUGCGGAGGUGGCUGUGGAAGUGCCACAAUCAAAGUCAUCUCACACCAGCUAAGAGAAGCAUCACUCAGAUCACAAUUCGGACUCAUGGGGGGCUCGGGCUGCCUGCUUCUAGUGGCAACAUCUCUUCUGUAUGAUUUCAGAGAUCAUUAAUGAAGAAAAUGUUUCACAAAGGAAAAGGAAGGGGAAAAAUGAAUCAGUCCUUGGAGCUGAACAUGCUGAUGACAUUAAUUCAACAACCCCUCUCUAAGAACAGGUUACCAGAAUGAGCACAGGUGAGUGAGGAGGAAAUGUAUCAGGAUGCAUUAUACUGAUUUCAGAAGCAGUUGUGGCUGCAGUUUAAGGAUGGUACAGCACACAUUUCUCAUUUGAAACACAGCGUGCUCUUUCUUGGACCGUCUCCGAUGGUGGUUGAUUUGUAGGGAUGUCACGGUGCCACAGAGGAAAGAGGAAAACCUGGGGACAGAGCUGGCCCUGAGUUAAUGACUGAGCAAAAAUGUUGUGGAAUCAUAUUUAGCAUUUGCAGACACAUGACGACAAACCUCAGAUGUUAAUUUGUCUGCCAUUUUGAGUGUGUGAGCAUGGUGACAUUGCAGUAAUAAUGCUAAUAAUAAUGCUAAUAGUAAUGCUAAUAAUGAUACUAACAGCAAUGUUAAUAAUAAUAACAGCAACGAUUAUUUUAUUUAAAAAAUGCAGUUACAAAAUUCCUAGUUUGGAUGAAACAGGAUGUAAUGUACAAGUCCAAACACAGGCAAACAUCUUACAGUACAUUCACUCCUGCAUACACACAUUAGAAGAACAAGAACCAAAAAUAAUGGGAAAAGACUAAGGAAAUGUUAUACUAUAAAAAAUUAGGUUUUAACUGUCAUAUAAGACAAACCACAGAUUCAACUGACCUGACAGUAUAUGACAGGGUUACCUCCAGUAGAGAAACAGAACUGGACAGAAGGGGAGUAUGGUGUCACAGUGAAGAAAUGCGUGGAAAAGCAGUUGGUUCUGCAGCAGGAGGAGUGUAGAGAAGCUAAGUGCUUAGCUUGUGUAGUGAUGACAGAUGAGAACUCCAUGGUUAGCUCAUCCUUUUUCUCCAGUUCCUGCUUUACAUGGCGGAGGUCAUCUUUUAACUGUGUGUAUGCUGGCAGGCAGUGUCAAGACACUGUCAUAAUAGUGCUUAACAGCUGUUGAAGGUAGCAGGCACUUAGCAAGCAGGCUGAAAACAAAACAAGGAGCUAGGCUAACACUGACCCCACCUAAUAAAGCCACCAAACCAGGUUUCAGGAAAGGUGUCAAGUUGCAGCGGUGACAGUAACACAGUAGCAAAUUGAUCAAAAGGAAAUCCACCAAAACACAAAAUUCUUGAAAAACUGGCCUAGAGGCCAGUCAAUAACUGCCUGGCAAUUACCAGUUAGAAGGAAAAAAGUUUAUUUCCCAACGAGUUAAAAGUGUUUGCUGGAGGUUAAACAGGCCUAUAGAUAGGUCAGUAACCACCUAGCAACCCCCAGUUUCUAGGGAAAAAUGUGUAUUCCCCAACCUUGUGAUUGCUUUCGCUGCUAGCAUGCUGCUAUGGUCAUCAUUUGAAUGAAAGUGAUUUUUCUACAGACGUUGUCUAGUUAACCCCUUUUUCCAUUAAUACCUACUCGGAUUGACUCACCACGACUCGCCCACGUCUUGACUCGGAUCGACUGGUUUUCCAUUACAACUGAGUACCACCUAAUGUGCAUGGUCAUUGUUAUAGAAACGGGGCGGAGCGUUGAUAAAUACACGGUUAAUGUAUGAAAUGAAUGCUACAACAAAGGUGGACAUCGAAGCAAGAAUAUACCUGCUGUUCAGUCUGUGGCUUUUCAUCAGACUUGGGGACCAUGGCAUUGUUUUUUGUAGCCAUUUCCCCUCGUUACCAGGUUUCAAAAUAAGUGUUUUUGAUUUUCGUGAAUGGGACGCUAUCAUGACUCAUUGAGCGAUGCCCCUGACUAGCCAAUUGGUGGCAUGCAGUCUGACCACGUCACAUUUUAGCAAAAGCUCGGUUCACUAUGAACCCUGGCCAAGCAGGUACUAUGUUAGUACCUGGUCCAGAUACUAUGACCUAAGAGAAGACCCUGAAAACCGUGGUGAACCAUGGCAAGUCGAUUUGAGUAGGUUCUAAUGGAAAAGGGGCUUUUAUCUCAAGUAAAAACUGUGGAAAAAAAGUGGCGACUGUGUGUCUGCAAAGUAUAAGUUGUGCCUUUUAAAAAAUGUGGGCUGCAGUGCUGAAACUCCUUGUUUAGACAUAGAAAUAGACUGUAUUUAUCCCACACUGGGGAAAUUCAUAUUGUACAGCUGUACAAUGGUCAGCAAGAGAAGUGAAUUAGAGACGUAUUAGAGAAAAAAAAAUCUUUGCUUUCAAUUACACACAACAGCCUCCAGGAACCACUAAUGACCAGUUGUCAAGUGAUGGGUGUUUUUCAUCAUUAUGGAAGACAACUUUUGAGCAAUGGGCUCAUGACAUGAGAAACCUCAAUAGAGACAGCUGUGGAAACACUGGAUUUGGGAAAUCACUAACAUAUGUGAAAUAGUUCUGUGCAGCAAGCAGCAGGAGCAGUCUAUGCUGGAAACUUUUGAAGGACCACUCUGGAGUUGUGCGUGCUUGCUCACUUAGCAUUUCACUGACUGAAAUAUAUAUGUUAUGUAUAUCUAUAUAUAAUUUUUUAAAGUACUGAGAUCCAGAGAGUCCAGGACAAGCAUUUUGCAUUGCCAUUAAUUGGUACAUCAUGUCUUAACUUAUUGGUUUGAUGAUGAGCCAUUGGAUUUGUGAAUAUUUAUUUGCUGCUUUCCACAUAUUUAUGGUGUUGUCAGAUGUGAUAAAUCAUGAGCAUUUGAUGUACUAGUUGCACUUAAAGAAAUACCAAAUUAUUAAAAGAGUGCCUGGCAUUUACAUAAUACAAUGUCAUAAAAUGGUUGUGUUUAACAACACUGGGCUGGUUACCCACACUGACAAUGGUCCAAAGUUACAGCACAAUAAAACAUAGCACCUCUUAUUUGUGCAUUCAAGUGCUCCUCAGGUGGUCCAAUUUUUGGAGUUUGGAAGUCAUUUUUCAGAGUUCUGUGUGUUCAUGUGCUUUUACAACAUUUCCUCACCCCAGGGUGUCAAAUUAUGCCUUUCUGUGCCUGGGGUUGCAGAGAUGCACAAGAUGUCUUUUCAGACUUUCUGUGUUGUUGUUCCGACCUCAGGGGACGUUCACGUGAUUUUUCUAGUCAGUAUAUAAAUUUUAUAGUAGGUGUGCACACAAAUACAUAUUGAGAAUUGUACAACCAUUAAGCCUUUGCAUUUGUAAUUAUGUAAUUAUUUUAAGCAGCAGUUUGUUAGAUUUGCUCACCAUAAAGACUGGGAACAGCUUGCUUAAUUAUAUUUCCUAAAGUAAUAGUUCAUCCAGCAUCUCUGAAGUUAAGUUUGGUUUAACUUCAUAUGCUGCAUCUCAGCCCUGCACUUUUUAAGUCUUUAUAUUCAGCAAAGCUGCAGACACAUUAGUGUACAAAAAUAUUUCACUAUACAAGAUCUUUAACACAAAGAUAGUACCAGAUUAACUACACACAAUUGACAUCAGACACUGUAACAGUGUACCCGUGCAUGUAAUGCACAGUAAUAGAUGAACAUUUGUGGUUUUAAAAGUAUUCAGUGUUUACUUUUUCCAUCUAAGAAUAGGAUUUCCUUUCUAUCAGAAUUUUAACCAGGACCUAAGAAAAGCACAUUUUCUCCUUUCCCCAAAUACAAUGUUGGACCUGAAGCCAAACCUCACCUUCCUCAGACCCUCUUUAUUCCUCAGACCUAAAAAUUAUGCCUAUAGGCCCUACUUGCUCGAUUCAUAAUGAAUGUAAAACACUUCCGGUUGUCGCAGCUGAUAUCUCAGUGAUCCUACUGAGCCCAUCUAUCCCCCCUUCUAUUGGCCUAAUAAGUAGAUACAACUUGUAUAAUAAUAUUUUAUUUUAUGUGUAUAUGAAUUAGUAUAAUAUAUGUUAUACAAUAUACACAAGAAGCUAUACUUAAUAAAAUGGGAUGAAACUUUUAUCGAAUAAAAUAAUUUAUAAAUCGUAGGAAAUGUAAAAUAUAGAAAACUGUGAAAUAUAACAUUAAGCUUUGGUGGUUCUCCUCAUGAACUGGUAAUCCAAUGAGGGUAACAGUUUAAUGCUGCUGAGAGCAAACGUUUUAUUUUUUGGCUUUGACUUUUGACUUUUGCUUGAACAAAUUCUGCAGUCAUAAACUGAAAGCCAACUUGUUUUAAAUAAAAUGUUUUUUUAGAUAAAUUAUUUUAAACUCUUUUUUAAAUUACUUUUAAAUCCCGUAUGGAGCAGAGGACCAAAUCUGGUCUUGAACACCUAUGUCCAAAAACCCCUUAGAAUAAUAAUAAUUAACAUUUAUUAACAAGCACCCAGGAUUAUCUGUUAAAUCUAUCGAAGUCGUACAGUUAAUGUUUUAGGAUAGUUUUUCCAAAGUGGACCCCUCAGGUUACUUUAGCGCAGACACCAACAAAGAUUGUUACUCACACUGGGUGCAAUCCCCCGCAAUAAAGUUAUACGUGUAGUGCAAAAAUCCUGUUCCUCUCCACAGUUGUGACUUUCACACCAUGGGUGUGACUGUCAUGGUGAUUUUGGACUCUUAAUGAUUUCUUUGAUCGGUUCUUUUUCCAGGAUGGAGUGAUUGUACAGCAUGCAUCUUUAAUGACUUUAAAAAAAACAAGAACAAGAAGCAAGAAUUAGGCGCACAAGUUUUAAGCUAUUUUGGAUUUUCUCUAAUAUACACAGAGUCAAAAGUACAUAUUCAGGAUCUAAAAUGUCCUUUGACUUGAUAAAGCAAAGACAUAUUAACUUCUCAUCAGUAAUCAUAAUUGACUACAACUGGUAGUUUCUCUUUUUCUUUGUUUGAUUGACCGAUACUCAGAACAAUGGUAAAGUCCAAGGAACAAUGAAGCUCUAAAAAGAAGAACGUUUGAGCCAUUUUUAAACAUCUGCAAAUUCUGAGAUCAUCAGUUCAAACAACUGUACAUAAGUACAAGUUAUUUGUAUGUGUCACCGCUUUGCCAAGAUCUGAUAAGGCAUUCAGGAACAACCCAGGAACCACAAAAGCUCAAGCCUGGAAACUGCUGAAACACCAGCGUCACUGUUCACAGUGGGUCCAGUAUUACAUUGCCUUAGCCUGAUUAGGCGCUGAUCAAGAAAGAAGCCCCUAUUCCAAAAUCGCUGCCUUCAAGCUUGGCUGAAAUUUGCAGUUGCACAUAUAGACAAGCAACUUGUCUUCUGGGGAAAAAGUUUUACGGUCAGAUGGGAUAAAGAUUGAGCUAUUUGGCUCCGACAGCACGAGGUAUGUUUGGAGGAGCAUGGUGGUGGUGCUCUUGGACUGUUAUGCUGUCAGUGAUACUAGUACAUUCAACAAAGUGUUUAGAAUAAUGGAGUGCUACCUCCAUAUUCUUCAACAUCACCUGAGAUCAACAGCCCGAAGCUUGGACGUAAUUGGGUGCUUGGACAAUCAUCCUAAACUUGGAUCUGGUUUUGGAAUGAAUAUAGCAGGCUAACAUUAAGCUUGUGGAAUGACCUUUUUAAAAGCCUUGGCUUCGACCCUGUUGAAAAUUUGUGGACUAUACUUAAAGCCAAGUGAUGCCAGGAAACCAACUAAUUUAAAUGAACUCUACCAAUUCUGUAUUUAAUCAAAUAUUAGUGGCAAUGUAGGUAUACCUUUGAGCUUAUACGUGUACUUUUGACCUUGUGUGGAUAAUUCUUAUUUUUUAAAAGUCAUUAAAGAUGGAUACUGUACAAUCAUUUCAUCCUGGAAAAAGAACAAUUCAAAGAAAUUA